UUCUUCUAUACGCAUUCUUCAUUGGCUCCUAAUCUUACUCUUAUAAAGUGGGAGGUUAGUUUCAGAGGAAGAUGGGCUCCAGGUUGGGAGCACUACAUUUUGGGUUGGGCAAUAGUCCACAAGAGAUAUUGAGGCAAUGGUCGUGGGGCAGGGAGGUUUGAGGAACACGCACUGGCAAUGACAUAAAUGGCAAAGAAGACAGUGGUGGGUACGGGCACUUCGCUGGCGCUUUCCUCCCUCCUGUCCCUGCUGCUCUUCGCUGGGAUGCAGAUGUACAGUCGCCAGCUGGCCUCCACCGAGUGGCUCACCAUCCAGGGGGGCCUGCUGGGCUCCGGCCUUUUCGUCUUUUCCCUCACUGCCUUCAAUAAUCUGGAGAAUCUUGUCUUUGGCAAAGGAUUCCAAGCAAAGAUCUUCCCUGAGAUUCUCCUCUGUCUCCUGUUGGCUCUGUUUGCAUCUGGCCUCAUCCACCGAGUGUGUGUCACCACCUGCUUUAUCUUCUCCAUGGUUGGUCUGUACUACAUCAACAAGAUCUCCUCCACUCUGUACCAGGCAACAGCUCCAGUGCUCACACCAGCCAAAGUCACGGGCAAGGGCAAGAAGAGAAACUAACCCAGAAUGUCCAAUAAAGUCGAUUCUUUGUA